UUGUCGUCAUCGUCGUCGUCGGGGUUUCCUCCCACCGUGUGUGUUCGAUAAAACGCUCGUGUGGACUUUUUACCCCGUGCACGGGGUAGCUGCGUUUUCCAGGGAAACUGCGAGGCGAUAUUUCACAGUGUCGCGACCGGCGCGGAGCGGCCGAUGAAAAAUGCGCGGGGGACGUCGCCGGCGGGGACAAUCAAUAAUCGGUGAAAUGCGAGUUUUCAGUGGCACGCUCGCAGCGUACGGUGCAACUUAUAAUAUGCCUGUCGGCGGUGGCGAAACGCGAGAAAGCACCAGCGGCGACCGGCCGGCUUUCGGACGUCGGCGCCGAAAUCGCCGCAGGUACCGCAGCUCCCCUCGAUUAUCGACCACGGAUGUACGCCCGCCACGGUCAAGGCGCAGCCGCGGCCCAGGCGCGGCCGCCUCGAUCAAAGCUGUCCGACUUCCUCCACGUCUGGGUCAACAACAUCCGACUGCUCUACUCCUGGAGCAAUUUGAACCACCUGGGCCACCCGCAACUACCGCCUGGCGCGAUGGGUAAUCUGCAGAGCGACGGCAAGAAGAAGCAGAAGAGGAAGGAGACCCCGGCAUCGCCGGCGUCAACGUCCACGGGAGAGCUCGAUGCGGCAGCCGAGGACCGGAAGAAGGAUAACAGCAGAAGGGACCAGGCGCCCAGAGCGACCGAUGGGCGCGAUGGAUCUCGCGACACCAUCAGGAUCAGCUUCGAGAAGGUGCAGCCGCCCGGACACGCCAAGCGACAGGCACCGCAGCCCCCGAAGAUCGUGUUAUCUCAGGACACGCAGAAAGAUGAGUAUCGCGAUGACACCGCGGCGGCCGUGACGAAACCCAGUGCAAGCAUGACGGAGACUUACCGCCCAAGCAUCACGACGCCGACGACGACGACACCGGCGCAGACCCCGACGACGCCGCAGACCCAACAGCUGCCGCCGUUGCUGGUGACCGACUCGUGGCGUCUGGCCAACAAGGGUCUGGUCGUCACUGAGAUGCCGACGCCACCCAGCCAGGAGUCAUCGAGCGACAGUGUGUUUACGGAUCCCGAAGAGCUCGCCUCCAUCCCUGUCGCCACGACGGUCCCGACGGUGGAAGCGGCAAGAUCACUAGCCGAGAAGAAACCAGCUCCCGAGAAGACCUGCAACAAAGAGGAGAAAUCGUCCUUCACGAUCUCGAGGCACAAGAAGAUUCAUCUCUCGACGUUGAGUCCGCGAAUAACACUGAACGAGAACACAAACACAUUGAGUCCGACGACGACGGAAGCGGACAGCGUUCUUCGAAGACGACACAGCAUAACCGAGUCUCCCGUGAGCGAAGGUAUCGUAUUGAGAAGAGUGGCCAGUUUAACUCUCAAUCGAUCUACCAAGAAGAAGGCGCUCAAGAAUAUCGUUCCUCCGAAGAUGAUUCGUUACAAAGAAUACGAAGAGCAACAACCUCGUGUGACUUCUACGGGGUCGGGCCAAAGUAUGAAACACGAUGACUUAUCCACGAUGAAUCGGGUAGACGCGCGUUCGCUGACAGACGGACUGCUUCCAGCUCGUACUCGGUCGAGUCAAACUUGUCACGGGUUCUGUGAGGAGGAGGUGAAGAAACUGAAAGAUGAGAUCAAACGACUGCGCGAGGUGCCAUCGAAAGGGGAGAUAAGCACCAGAUGCCAGUCUACUCAAACUUCACUCCCUAGAAAUUCGUCGCCGGUCGACGGACACGUCAGUGAAGUGCACAAUCUGAACAUCGGUAACGUUCGAAGGUCGUCGUCAUCGACGAAGAGAGACGUCACGGAUUCCGAGGGCAAAGCGACUCUCGCGCUCUCCUGCGCAAACAAGACGCGCAACGAUGACUUUAUUGACUCGUUGCAACCACCCUCACCUCUGGAAGCGAUCUCAAAGAGCAAAUCUACAUUAACCACGAUAUCAACUGCGUUGGAGAAAUCCUUCAUUCCGCCGCCUCCGCCUCCGCCUCCGCCAUCGCCCUCGCCCUCGCCGUCGCCGUUUGUACGGACAACGGGAUCGGCGAUACCAACUACCGAGAAGACGAUCUCGUCGACGUUACCCAACAUUUCCAAUAGGAUACCUCCGCCACCUUCACCGCCGCCACCGCCGCCACCGCCACCGCCGCCACCGCCGCCGCCGCCGCUACCAUCCUCAUCGAUGCUGAUGCAAAAUACCGCUAGUACAUUCUUCCCACCGCCUCCUCCGCCACCACCCACGCCGAUACCAAAUACAAACACGAUGCUUUCUUCUCCACCGGCACCACCACCUCCCCCUCCGUCACUGUACGUGCAAAGUGCCACGGGCGCGACACUUCCGCUGCCUUCUCUGGAGAGUAUCAUAAAAGCGGUGCCACCACCUCCACCCCCGUGUCCGUCUACGUUAGCACACGCUAGCGGCAUGCCUUUCCCGUCAUCAUCUCCACCGCCGCCGCCGCCUCCACCACCUCCUCUGCCGCAGCCUGUAUCCACCACUAUGAGCGCGAUCCCGCCGUCGUCCACAGCAAUGCUGAACACGUGCGGGAUUCCACCACCGCCACCUCCUCCUGCUCCUCCUCCUCCUCCUCCUACUUGUUCUUCAACGUUGUCAUUCACGAGGACUACUAUCGGUGGCGAGAUGCUUUCGCCGCCACCACCGCCGCCACCACCACCACCACCACCGCCGCCGUUACUUGGAGCGAUGCAAAGCCCGCCUGUUCCAUCAGCACCGUCAGAUAUCGCAUCUGUGCCGAGUAAUAUACCUCCACCACCGCCGCCCUUUGGGACAUCAGCCAUGGGUCCACCUCCACCGCCGCCCAUGACACCUGGUCCCUGUCCUUUACCCGCUCCACCGGUCGGUGGCUGGAAUCCGCCGAGCAGAGCCAUUAUGAGAAAGCAGCCUUUAAAUCCUGACGUGCCUAUGAAGCCGCUUUACUGGACGAGGAUUUUAGUGCCCGUAACUGCGAGUAGCCCAGAUUCCGUAGAUGCUGCUGAAUCAUCGCCACAACAGUCGCCUCUGUGGUUAGAACUCGCUGAGGAAGAGAUAAAUAUGAGAGAAUUCGCAGAUCUAUUUUCGCGGCAAGUGAGACAGAAGAAUCUGAGCAAGAAAAACGACGACGAGACGCCUAAGAAAUCCAAAGUACAACCAGCGAAGAUAUUGGACUCAAAGCGCUCGAAAAUGGUAGGGAUUCUGGAGAAGAGUUUGCACAUCGACUUCAGCGAGAUCGAGAACGCGGCCUACAACUUGGACACGAGCGUGAUCAGCCUCGAAGCGUUACAGCAGAUCUACGAAAUCAAACCGACGGAGAAGGAAAUAGCGGAGAUCGCGGCUCACGAGGAGAUGAAUCCUGAUAUUCCCCUCGAUCAGCCGGAACUUUUCCUCAAACGGUUAUCCGGCAUCAAGCACUUCUCCGAGAGAAUAGCCUGCCUAAUGCUGCAGUCAGACUUUCAAGACGCGAUCUCGUCAGUCUCGUACAAGCUGAACAAUGUGCAAACGACCUGCGAGUUCCUGAUCAAAUCAGAGUCCUUGAAGAAAGUGUUGGCCAUUAUAUUGACCUUGGGCAAUUACAUGAACGGCGGUAAUAUGAUGCGCGGCCAGGCAGACGGCUUCGGCCUGGAGAUCCUCGGUAAAUUGAAGGAUGUCAAGUCCAACGCGCAAGGCGUCACCCUGUUACAUUACGUCGUGCGAGCAAAGUUGUCCCAAGAGAAAGAGCACAAUUUCGACGAGCCGCUACCUUUACCAGUGCCCGAGCCGGCCGACGUGGAGGCUGCUUCCGCGAUCAAGUUUGAGGAAAUAGCCAAGGAGCUCGAUCGAUUGGAGAAGGAGCUGCACGCGUGCGCACAGAAAUGCGACACGGUCGUGAAAGCGGACCCAGCCACGUCCAAGAUCUUCAAGGAGAAGGUGGACUCAUUCAUGACGAGAGCGAACGCCGAUUUGAAGAGCGGCAAGGAACAGCUGCUGGAGGCUAAGAACAAGUUCAAGAGCGUCAUGCGAUUCUAUCAGUUCAUCCCCAAAGGUGCCACCAUGGAGACCGCGGAGCCGCACGAUUUUUUCAAUCUGUGGCUCGGUUUCUGCCGAGACUUUAAGGAAAUCUGGAAAAAGGAGCAGCAGCGAAUAUGCAAAGAGCGGCUGGAGGAAGUCCGUAGAAAGCUCGAGAGUAAGCCCGAUGUUGUGAGAGUGAAGCUGAGUCCUCACGGACUGAAGGCGCGACUGCAAAAAUUAACGAACAAGAAACAAGCUCAUAGAUAGUCCCGUCGAAAUAGGCAUAAAUCGAUAGAGCGCUCCUCGGAUCUCGGAUCACAAAUGAUUCGCGCGUGCUAAUCGUUUCCGAAAAAUUUUCAAAACAUCCUUAUUAUUUCGCAUUUAACUCCACAACCGCGUGGCAUGUGUUAUGUGCGUGCGUGUGUGUGUGUGUGUGUAUGUGUGGGGAUUUAUAUUUAUGUACAUAUUUUUAAUUCGCACGUAUUCGUUCCUUCCUUCCCAAAUCGAUCAAAUCGAUAAUAAGAAAUGCUGAAAGCGUUCAGCCGUUCUGUUCAUCGCCGUGGAAAUGGCGACCUCGGCAAAUCUAUUUAUCUACUUUUCUUACAAAUACUUGUUGCAAACAUACGUUAUAUCUCGAAUUGCUUAAAAACAGAAAGCGAAGCAAUUUGAUGCGUUCACAACAGAACACCAAUCAAUUACACACGGUGACAUUGAGAACACUUAAAGCACGCGCAACGAAGUACGAUGAAUUUCGAUCCUAAUUUUCAACGCGAAUUAUCGAUCACGAAUUUUCCUUAGGCGAUCAAUCGAUGAGAUUCCCGAUGAACUAUGAUAUGCAAGUUACAAUUGUUAUACAGACUGAAAUGUUAUCGAGAUGCACUAAAAGAUAUAAUGUACACUUAUUGUUAGAUACAUUUCCAGAACACUUCAUUGAUAUCGAAUACUAUCGAGUAGUUUAGCGACAGAUUUACGGGUAUCGCUUGCAAAUAAAUUGCAAUAUACGUUUCAAUCCCCAUGUUACAGUGUAACUCGCUAAUUAUGAAAGACUGGGGACUUGUCUGGUGGAAGAAAAUGAUAAACAAGCUCUAUUCCUUUUUUAGUCGCGCGCUCUAUUUCACCUUCUUCUCUUACUACUUAUUUUCUAAUUGCUUGCUUACCGUUUAACGCAAAACAGAUAAUAGCGCAAGCUUCAAAGGAGAAGAUGCUGAAGAUGUGACACUAAAAAAGAAAGAUUCAUAGAUGCUAUACAAAUAUUCACUGUGGCUAGAGAAAGUGCGUGCCUCUUUGUAUCGUACACUUAAUCCAUGAAUUUUCAUUCCUCUGAAGCAAAGACUUCAAGAGAAACCGAUCUUGUGAUAUUGUCAUUAUUGUUACAGCCCGAUAUAUUUUACCAAUAUUUAUUUAUUUAUUUAUUUAUUUAACCGUUUGUGUUAAUUUAUACCAGAUUGUUCUGGAUCAACAAAUAAGAAUGUACAUAAAAUGUUGACUGUAAGAGAAAAAUAUCGAUGUGUUUAAUAAAAGUCCUUUAUAUGUUUAAACGCGACGCAGACGUACUCAUUCUAAAGUAAUAUAUGAGUAUUCCGGCGUUUGCUAUUACAUAUUCGCGUAAAAAUGUUAUCUAGAAAUGAGGAUUUGAAAUUGCAAUACAAUGUAUGCAUCAUUACGUCCAGAAACCACUGCAAACGAUCAAUAAACUUUUCAUUGCCUCUC